AUGGGUAUGCUGAAAUUAAGGGAUAAAGUCUACAAAUUAACGGGAUCUAUAGUAUUAUCCGGGGUCUUGUUCUUUACGCGAGAAUUCACAAUGGAUUCAGUUCAAAAGUUACUUGGGAAAAAGGCCAACCCAGAUGAAAUGGUUCGUAAAUGGCGCCAAAGCAUUCGUGCCCAAGAACGCGCACUAGAUCGACAACUACGCGGCAUGGACACUGAAGAACAAAAGCUAAAACGAACACUAAAACAAAUGGCGAAAAAGAACGAUGUAAAGAAUGCGAAAAUACUCGCGAGGGAGUUGGUGCGCUCAAGGAAACAGCGUGAUCGAAUAUAUACGAGUAAGGCGCAACUGAAUUCAAUUAUUAUGCAGUUGCAGCAUCAGUUAGCUACACUCAAAGUCUCUGGAACACUACAAAAAAGCACAGAAGUAAUGAAAAUGGUAAACACACUCGCAAAAUUACCAGAGAUUUCGAAAUCUAUGCAAGAACUUUCAAUGGAAAUGAUGAAGGCUGGAAUAAUCGAUGAAAUGAUAGAAGACACAAUGGAAUCAUUAGAGGAGAGUGAUGUUGAAGAAGAGGCAGACGAAGAAGUUAAUAAAGUUUUGUUUGAGUUGACUGAUGGUCUUCUUGGAGAAGCAGGAGAAGUAGGUGCUCCAUUAGAGAUAAAACAACAGCAAAUAGAAGUUCUAGAAGAAGAAGAAGAACCAGAGUUAGAUGAGAUGCAAGCCAGAUUACAAGCAUUGAAAUCUUGA